GUCUGACGUCGUUGACGUAGCUCGGGACUGUUUGUUCUGGAUUUGGGCGAGGAAGAGCUGCGAGAGCUGACAAGCGACUAAACAAGGUGAGACGCUCAACUUUCUGUCCCUGUGUUGUGGUUUCCUUGCCCUGCAGCAUCUCACAGACAAACAUUCCUUGUUACCUCAGAAAACUGCCACCUUACGAAGAUAUGAUCACACAAGUGGAUUAAGACCACAGUGGCACAACAUCAAACAUAGGGUCACGAGACGAGUGUGAUGGCCUGAGGGGGGUCCCCCCGCUCCAACCUGCCCAGGCCAGGUUAAAUCUGCCAAAACGGUCUGCUCAGUCACUGCGACCCACCACUGCGAUGGGAGACGGACUGGAAGCAGGCAGCAGUCAGAACAUUUCCUCGGCCACACCACCGCUCCCGUUCAACCCCCCACCCCCUGAAACAUGGAACCCUUCAAGACCCAAACGACAAACCAACCAGCUACAGUACCUGCUGAAAGUGGUGUUGAAGACUUUGUGGAAACAUCAGUUUGCAUGGCCCUUCCAAGCACCUGUAGAUGCAGUCAAACUCAAUUUGCCUGACUACUAUAAGAUCAUAAGAACUCCUAUGGACAUGGGCACAAUAAAGAAACGUCUAGAGAACAACUACUACUGGAAUGCCCAGGAGUGCAUCCAUGACUUCAACACAAUGUUCACAAACUGCUACAUCUACAACAAGCCUGGGGAGGAUAUUGUCCUGAUGGCUGAAGCCUUAGAAAAGCUUUUUCUCCAGAAGAUUACAGAAAUGCCUCAGGAAGAGGUGGAGAUAGCUGUGGUUACAAAGGGUCGUCGUGGGAACAGACGAGAGACAGCUCUGAUCACUUUGUCAGAUUCAGGCCAAGACUCAUCCUCUCCUUCUACUACCCCUCACACACGAGGCUUUUCAUCUCCAUCCAACACUCCACAGGCUCGCAUCGCACCGGCCCUCCCCCUUACCCAGCCUCCUUCCCUGCCUCUUAUACAACCUAUUAUCCAGCCGCCUCCUCCCCAGCCUCUCAUCCAGCCACCUCUCAUUCAGCCACUCCCCCAGCCUCUGACUCAGACUCAGUCCCCACGUGUGCCCCCUACACCCGCCAACCAUACUUCACAUCUUGGACCUUCAUUCCCCAUCUCUACCCCAGAUGUCCUGGCCCAGGGCAUGACAUCUGUUCCUCCUCCUCCUUUGACGCACCCAGGCCUCCAUCCUGCCCCCGUGCCGCAGAGCUCCCCAGCUCUCAUCAAGCAGAAAAAGAGCCAGAAAAGAAAAGCAGACACCACAACACCCACAGCUAAUGACCAGCUAAGUGAAUCGCCUCCCAUAUCUGAGGUAACCCGGCCUCGCCGAGAAAGUGCUCGCCCGUUAAAGCAACCCAAAAGAGAGUCCUCACAGCCAGACUCUCAGCAUCAUCUGGUAGGAGGCCUGGAGACGGGAGGACCAGUAGCAUCGAAGCGUCAGGAACCAAUGCGUUUCUGUGCACGCCUCCUUAGAGAAAUGCUGUCAAAGAAACACAUUGGGUAUGCCUGGCCUUUUUACAAACCUGUUGAUGCGAAAACUCUGGGCCUACACGACUACCAUGACAUCAUUAAGCACCCCAUGGAUCUCAGCACCAUCAAGAAAAACGUGGACAACAGACAGUACAGAGACGCACAGGAAUUUGCAGCAGAUGUCAGGUUGAUGUUCUCAAACUGUUACAAGUACAAUCCUCCAGACCACGAUGUAGUUUCCAUGGCACGGAAACUACAGGAUGUAUUUGAGAAGCGUUUCGCCAAAAUGCCUGAUGAUUCGGAGGAGUCUGCACCAGCUCCUACACCAUCAUCAGUCCUCCACUCUGCACCCUCUACUCGACAAGCCCCACCCCCGACUGCUGUUUCAGAAGAGGACAGCUCUAGUUCUUCUGAUUCAGAGUGCUCAAGAGGAGACUCAGAGCAAGAAAGACAACAGCGAUUGGCUGAGUUGCAGGAACAGCUUAAAGCUGUCCAUGAGCAGCUGGCAGCACUGUCCCAGCCGCAGGCCACCAAGCCCAAAAAGAAAGAGAGAGACAAAAAGGAGAAGAAAAAAGAAAAGCACAAGAAGAAGAUGGGAACAGAGGAAUCUGCAGAGACCUCUCCUCUUGCAGUGCUUCAGAUUUCUAAGAAAAACAAGAGCAGCAAAGAUCCUGUUGUGGCAAAGAAGGACAAGAAAAAAAAUGGUAAAAAAGAAGGAAAUAAAAACAGCCACCCAGCUGUGCCUCCUCAGACAGGCCCGGUCUCUCUCGUCCCUUCAGCUUCUCUUGAAGCAGAGGACGACCCAGAAUUGAGCACUGACAAAUGCAAGCCGAUGUCGUACGAGGAGAAGCGCCAGCUGAGCCUCGACAUAAACAAGUUGCCCGGUGACAAACUGGGCAGGGUUGUGCACAUAAUCCAAACGCGUGAGCCUUCACUGAAGAACUCUAAUCCAGACGAGAUCGAGAUCGACUUUGAGACACUGAAGCCCUCCACGCUGAGAGAGUUAGAAAAAUACGUCUGUAGCUGCCUCAAAAAGAAGAAAAAACCAUCAGAGAAGUCUCUGGAAAUGACAACUGUGACAAAGAUGAAGACAGGAUCCUCAUCGUCAGAAAGCAGUGACUCCUCCGAUAGUGAAGACUCUGAGAAUGGGCUGGUUCCCAAGCAACAGAAGAAAAUCUUAGCCAACAAGGACACAAAAAGACCGCUCCUCCAGCCCGUCAGUAGUGGAGCGGGCCCAGUCGCUGCUGCUCCUCAAACUCAGCCUCAGUUGGUCCAGUCAAAGCCACAAUUUGUCCCCACUCUAGAUUCCUCCCAGUUAAUGGCCCCAGGAUUUGAUCCUCUUGACCACUUCAUGACCCCCCACCUGGUGCAGUCCAACGCAGAGUCUAGUGCACCCAUAACCCCUGCUGCUGCUCUUGUUUCCUCCGGCCUUCUCAACGCAAACAUGCCUACCAACCAGAUGCCGACGGACACGCACCCCUUCCUUAACCAACAUCCCAUUGUACCUUCCCCAGCGAUCCACAAUGCUCUUCCCCAGCAACCAUCAAGACCUAGCAACCGCGCCGCACCGCUUCCGCCCAAACAUUCACAGCCUCCUCCAUCUUCGCUUCCCUCCAUGCCACCGUCAUCUUCAACGCAACUUCAGCCCACGCUUCCCAUCAACCUUCCGCAGCCCGUCCCUCGACCGCGGGCUCCAUCACCUCCGUCACAUGGCAUCCUGGGUACUCUUUCAGCUCAGCCUCCCCAAGCCCUGCUGGAGGAUGAUGAAGAGCCAGCAAACAAUAAUUCUGACAUACUGCCGCUCAGUCAAGUCCACACCCUCCUGCAGUCACUUCAGCCAAGACCCCCCACUCAGUCGCAGCCGCUGCACACCCACUCCCCCGGGCAGGUUGCACCCCAGCUGGUACCUCCAAUGCAUGCGCAGGUUAUGACGACAAGCACCCCUGCCCUGAUGCAGAGACACAUCCCAGGCCAAAUCCCGCUAUCGUUUCUACACACACAAACGUCAUUGUCACAGCAACAGAAGGGUGUGACCCUGCAGCAGAAGUUACAACAGUUACAUCAUCAGCAACCAUCCCCACAAAUUAAAGUAGAGCCCUUCUCAUCUGCAGGUUCCCUCCAUGAAUGCCCCUCUCCUCUGAUGGUGCAUUCUCCUCAGAUGCCUCAGUUCCAUACGAUGGCACAGCAGUCACCCUCACAGACCAAGAAGCAUGAACCGAGGUCCAACCUUGCGGUACUUAAAGAGGAGAAGCCGCCUCAGUCUCCAGUUAUGCCCCCAUCACCCUUCAAUCUAGUAGUCCGCCAAGACACACACAAACCAGACAACAAACACAGUUUAGACGUAAAGCCUCUCGAUGGUUCUCGGCCUUUUCCUCGUCUCCCAGACUCCCCAGCACAGCCUUGCUCCCAACAGGACCUCAAAAUCAAGCAAGAACCCAAAACUCCAAUUGCACCCAAGAAAACGCAGGAUGUGAAGUUGAAGAGCAUGGGUUCUUGGGCCAGUCUAGCUCAGAAGCCUCACUCUACGCCAGCCUCCGCCGUGCGCUCCUCCAGCGACAGUUUUAAGCUGUUCAAACAGGCUGCCAGGGAGAAGGAGGAGAGAGAGAGACAGUUGAAAGCUCAGGCAGAGCAGGUCAGGAGAGAGCAAGAAAAACUACGCCGUGACGACGACGACACGAUGGAUCAUGCUCGCCGAACACAAGAAGACACCCGCCGUCGUCAAGAGCAACAGUCGCCUCUUGCACCAACACCUCCAGCUUCAACUCCGCCCACUCACUCCCCGCAACCCCCUCCCACACAGCAACAAGCUCCACCCCCACCCACCUUAGCUGCACAGAACGCUCUCGACCAGCAGAGGGAGAUGGCUCGUCGUCGAGAGCAGGAGAGGCGCAGGCGAGAGGCGAUGGCCGACACAAUUGACAUAAAUUUCCAGAGUGACCUAAUGGCAAUUUUUGAGGAGAAUUUGUUCUGAGAGGAAAAAUGACAGUUGGAGAGAAAGACCUGAAGUCUCUCAUAAGCAAAAGUACCGAAGCUCUGACUCCCACAGAUGCUGCUCGCACAGACCCCCCCCACCCCC